CCACAUAAGAUAUUUACUUCCCCGAUCACAAUUUUCCCCUUAAAAACCACGCACCCGAAUCUCCUCUCCGAACCUUCUACACACGCCGUCCUCAGCCCAUGACCACCGCUUCCCGCCCCAUCCUAGAAACCCCAAUCCUCGACGCCACGCUUCCCUCGCUCUUGCAGCAAAUAACCGAAGAAGGCGGCUAUGCCUUUUCCUCUAUGGCGACUAGGGCUGCUGCCGGUGACACUCGGGCGGCGGAGGCCGCCAGGGAGAUGGCUUGGGAGCAGCUCCACUCCGGCCCCUGGCACUCAGUUGUUCCAAUUUGGCGUGACGCCUAUGCAGUGGCCUGCCUCCAUGUGGCCAAACACCAAUUCUCAGCCGGGGAGUUUAAGCUUGCUCUCAGAGCGCUUGAUAUGGGCCUAAUCAUGGGCGGUUUGACUCUAAGAGAUGAAUUGAAUUUAUGCACUCGGAAAGUCGGCGCUGCUAUGAGAGAAAAGGAGUUUAGUGAUAAUGGCGGAGGGGAGCAGAACGGUGCGUGGUAUAAAGAUUUCAACUUGGCGGAGGUGGUUAAGUUAUUACCUGUAAAGUCACUUUCUUGUAAGACAGUAGAGAAAAAGUGUGGUCUGUCCUUGGAAGGAUUCUUGCGGGAACAUUUUGUCUCUGGUUCUCCGGUGAUUAUAGCUGAUGCUAUGAAUCAUUGGCCAGCGAAGGACAGAUGGAAUGACAUGUAUUACCUUAACAAGGUUGCAGGCUUCCGUACGGUUCCUGUUGAGGUCGGAAAAACCUAUCUAUCCCCAGACUGGAAACAAGAGCUAAUCACAUUUUCUGAGUUUCUGGAGAGGAUUCAAUCCAGUGACUGUUCUUCUGCAGGCUUGACGUAUUUAGCCCAGCACCAAUUGUUUGAUCAGAUACAAGAACUAAAGCAGGAUAUUGUUGUACCUGACUACUGUUUUGCUGGUGGGGGGGAGAUCAGGUCCCUUAAUGCUUGGUUUGGUCCACCUGGCACAGUGACACCAUUGCACCACGAUCCUCACCAUAAUAUACUUGCUCAGGUUGUGGGCAAAAAGUAUAUUAGACUCUACCCUUCUUCAUUGUCGGGAGAGCUUUACCCUCACUCGGAGUCCAUGCUUAGCAAUUCCAGCCAGGUUGAUCUAGACAACAUAGACGAGAAAGAGUUCCCAAGAAUGUUGGAUCUGGAAUUUCUGGACUGCAUACUAGAGGAAGGUGAAAUGCUAUACAUCCCUCCAAAGUGGUGGCACUAUGUGCGGUCUCUUACUCCUAGUUUUUCAGUUAGCUUUUGGUGGAGCAAUGAAGUAAAUUCACCGGAGUCCUAAUAUCUUAGGGAAAUAUCGUAACUCCAUCUAAUUCUUUGCUUGUAUUUUGUCAGAAACCAGAGGUUGCAAACAUUUUAGCCAAACAUCCUUGUAUGAAUCUGCUGCAUUGCAGUUCAUAAUGAAGGCAAUAGUUUGGUACUUCGUGUUUGAGGUUGUUAUUGGACUUGAGCAUUAUGUU